AUGUUCGAUUGGAAUCAAACGGCCCAGAUUAGGAAAUUGCGGUCCAACUUUCUGGCGAGGCCCAGCUCGAAGCUCUAUAAAAACGUGGUGCUUCGCCGGAAGCCAGUGGCCGGAAUAUGCUCCCGGUGCCGGCACGGGGCCACGGUGGCCGACAUGCAGACGCUGACGAGGUUUUGUUACAUACCAUUUUAUUGGAAGUCGUGGAAAGCCGUCACUUGUUGCUGUUGUGGGACUAUUCUUAAAUCUUACCGCUGA